GAUUUUAUUCGCUGAACUUUUUAGUGCUCUUGUAGUCUGUGUAGAAUGGGUUUUAUGUUUAAAUACGCGUUGCUGAAACGGAGUUGAUCUACUAUGAGCUGCUUAAAGCCUUGUCGUUGUUAAAGGAAUGCUCCUCUACCUCCCAACUUCCUCCCAUCCCCUAAUAAACACCCACUUCCACCAUUUCCCUCUGCUGCACCAUUACUGACUUGUCCUGCUCCUCCUCCUCAUCAUCGUCAUCAUCAUCAUCAUCAUCAUUGCGGAGAGCCAGAACAAGCCGCGGCUAUGGUUGAUGUCACUAAAUGGCCCUUGUUCUCACUGCUGAGCAGCGAGGAGCGAGCCACGGUCCGGCAGGCCUGUGUCUUUGGAACAUCGGCCAACGAAGCUAUCUACGUUACUCAUGCGAAUGAGGUAUAUGCAUUUGGUCUAAAUUGCAGUGGCUGCCUUGGUACAGGUGACAGUGUGAGCACUAUCGUGCCAAAGAAACUGGACUUCCUGCGAGGAAAGAAGAUUGUCAGCCUCAGCUACGGCAGCGGACCCCACGUCCUGUUAGCUACAGAAGACGGACAGCUGUAUGCUUGGGGGCAUAAUGGCUACAGCCAGCUGGGGAACGGCACCACCAACCCGGGACUUUCACCCACCGCCAUCGCGGCUAACCUGCAGAACAAGAAAGUGACAGAGGUGGCAUGUGGCUCGCAUCACUCAAUGGCUCUCACGCACGAUGGAGAUGUGUUUGCAUGGGGUUAUAAUAACUGUGGCCAGGUGGGUUCAGGCUCCACAGCCAACCAGCCCUACCCAAGGAAAGUCUGUGGCUGCCUGCAGGGGAAGACUGCCGUGGGCAUCACCUGUGGACAAACGUCCUCCAUGGCUCUGGUCGACAACGGAGAGGUUUACGUUUGGGGCUACAAUGGGAACGGCCAGCUGGGAGUUGGCAACAAUGGCAAUCAGCUGUCUCCUUGCCGCCUUACUACGCUCCCGGGGCUUUGCAUUCAACAGGUUGUAUCAGGAUACGGACACUGCUUGGCCCUAACAGACGAAGGACUACUGUAUGCCUGGGGAGCAAAUACUUACGGUCAACUAGGAACAGGCAAUAAAAACAACCAGCUCAGUCCUGUCCAAAUCAUGGCCGACAAAGAGAGGGUUGUGGAGAUCGCAGCAUGCCACUCAACUCAUACUUCAGCAGCCAAGACUCAAAGCGGCAAGGUGUACAUGUGGGGUCAGUGUCGAGGCCAGUUGAUCUCCCUGCCCCACCUCACGCACUUCAGCAGCACAGACGACGUGUUCGCCUGCUUCGCUACGCCCUCUGUGAUGUGGCGCCUCGUGUCUAUGGACCACGAUGACGUCAUGACUGUCUCCGAGGCUCUCAGGAAAGAGUUUGACAGUCCAGAAACCGCCGACCUCAAGUUCAGCGUUGAUGGGAAAUGCAUCCAUGUCCACAAAGCCGUCCUGAAGAUCAGGUGUGAGCAUUUCCGCUCAAUGUUUCGCUCCCAGUGGACAGAGGACCAGCAGGAGGUGAUAGAGAUCGGCCAGUUCUCGUACCCCGUCUACAGAUCCUUCCUGCAGUUUCUCUACACGGAUACGGUUGACCUGCCACCCGAGGACGCCAUCGGCUUGUUGGAUCUGGCCACAUCUUACUGUGAAAACCACCUGAAACGUCUGUGUCAGCAGAUAAUCAAGAGGGGAAUCACUGUAGAAAAUGCCUUCACCCUGCUGUCUGCAGCCAUUCGAUACGAUGCAGAGGAUCUUGAAGAAUUUUGCUUUAAGUUUUGUGUAAACCAUCUGACUCAGGUGACUCAGACUCCAGCUUUCUGGCAAGUAGACGGAGCUAUGCUCAAAGAGUUUAUCAGCCGAGCCAGCCGCUGCGGAGCCUUCAAAAACUGAGCGUUGCUCUUGCUUUCCUACAUUUUUUUUUUUUCCCAAGCAAGUGUGCUGCAGGUUCAGCAGAGGAAUCCUUUCCAGCUCGAGAAAUGAUCAGAUUUCUACUGAUCCAAUGGAAUAAGUCUACUAACAUGUUGCACACAGUAUUGAGUUGUAUGUUAUCUAUGGGUUUUUAAUUCAGCACUUUGGCCAAUUCCUGUGGAGUCAUUCUGAAUGCUCAUGAAUAUGAAUAUUCACACGCUAGAUGAGUUCUUUAAUACAAUUUUCUCAUCUGGUUCCUACAUUCCACUUUAGUUAACUGCACCAUGCACACGAAGAGCCGAAAAGCAGGAAUGAACCUACGCUGGAGUAGGCUAGUUGCACUGUUUCUGCAUCUCAUCUUCUGUGUUGCAUCGCAAGCUCUGGGCUAAACCACACCUGAAGUUUUAAAUUAUAACACAAUCUUUUCAAGUCAUUUAGAUUAUACUAUAGGUCAUUUAGUUGAUGCAGUUAUUUAAAGAUCGUUUAGGUUCACAACAACUGUUUUUGUAUUUUGGCCUUUUUAUUAGGUUUGCCAUUUGCUCUGUGGCACUUAAGUUUACUUAUUAAGUCAAACUAGCUUUUAAAAGAGAUUUGAGAGCAUAUUUAAGGAUGUUUGCACUAGAAUCUUUGCUAAACUCGAGCACUGUUACAAUAUUACUAGGUCGCUUGUUCCGCUAAUGUAAACAUUUCAGAAUGGAUUUAAAGCAGUCUUUGAGAAACAACUUAAUGCUUAGGUUUAUUGCUGUAUUCAUUUGUAACGUUGCCGAACUGGAACAAGCAAAGAGCUAAAUAGAUGAGGUAUUGUGCUUCAUGUUCUGCUGAUUUUAUUUUAAAAGUCUAUGGAAAUGCAAUGCCCUAAAACAGCAUAAAACCUUAAAAGGUAAAGCAAUGUAUAAGUUUCAAAUGAUUUUUUUUCCCCUUCUGUUUUACGUUUGUUUGUCUUUCUGUUUAUUAUCCGGUUACCAAAGACUGAAUCUGAUUCCUGCUGCAUGGGUGUGCUUGAUUU